UUCUCAAGCGAUAAAUGAUUGCAUCUGCCUUUAUCAUCUUCAUACGACUUCAACAGAAGAUAUUCGGUUUCUAGCCGAGUUGCGUCAUGCGCAUUUCCAUGGAGACCAACGACAGCUCGAGGAUCGCGUAACUAUUACUUGGUAUUUAAGUGGCACGAUGUCCAAUAAAAGCAAGGAGUUUUCUUGGGUGACAAACGGCCCUCCUUUUCAUCACAUGCUUCGGGCGUCUGGGCAAGCUGAGGUCUGGGAUGAUUUUACCGACGAGGCGAAAUUUCGUCAGUAUGGUUGGCGAUGUUCAACGAAUGAAGACUCUUAUUCGAAUGCCACCCUCAUUGGGAACUGGUCAGAAGAGAGGUUUGACACUCGCCGUGCUGUGGCGUUACGACGCCCCCUUCCGCAUCAGUUCUCCCACUACUUUGAAACCACAUAUUAUUCCAGCUACAAGAAAGAUGUCAUUCGGCCGGUUUACACAACCCCAAAGAUAGAGUCAAGAAGCUUCCCUGGCCACCAACCAGAGCUGGACCCUCCACAAACUAAGUGUGUGCCAAACUCCUGCUACAGACUGGACUUUAAAGGCCUUCAACAUAGAGAAGAAAUAGUGAGGGAGACUACAGAGCCUCAGUGCGGGAGUGUAGCAGAGACAAACUGAAGCCUUUGGCAGAGAAAUUUGGCUCCCAAAAUUAUAUUAGCUUUAGUAGCCUUUAACUGACUUCUGUGAGUGAACCAUUGUCAAAUAUUGAUAAAAAAUAUUCUUAUGUUUUGCUCAAGCAAGUGUCUAUUUUUUAAUCAUGCAUACAGUGGAAAGAAAACGUCCAGGUAAGAUUAUUAUAGUUCUCUAUUUCAAUUAUAUUGUGGUUUACUGCAUUAGCCUCCUCGUAAAAUACAUACAAAUUAGUUGUGAGAUAGUGUUGGAAAAGUUAAAAAUACUUGAGUUUAAAAUGCAGAGCAAUUCAUAAUUUCAACAUAUAUUUUGUAUGCAGACUAAAUAUCUGUCAGACCAUUGAUUUCCCUAAUAUUUGAACAUUUUGAGUUACGCUAUGCAGUAAAAUAAAAUAAAAAUAAAGUCACACUGGUUUCGAAUGGAUGAAGUAUUUAUUGAUAAUUAUUUAAUGACGUUAAUAAGUUAAUCCAGCGCUUCAGCUGUGAUUAAUGAGGAAUGUAAGCAUUGAACAGUGCAAAGCCAUGUUCUCACUUGCACCUCCUAGUGGGGUGAUGCAGUAGUUCAGGCCUUUGUUUUAGUGGAGUGACAUACAGAUAAUAAUGAAAUAAGGAUAUUUUUCCUACAACCUGCUUAUGUUUCUUUUCCAUAUCAAAAAGAAAAAAAAACCGUGUGAGUGAUUUAGUUUGAUAUUAGCAGCUUGUUGAAUAAGUGAGCCAUUGC